GAGCUAGCACAACCAGCCGACCAGCUCAACGAGCCUCCCUACCAUGGGUAUCGCCCUCUCCCAACGGGGCCUGCGACUCGCCGCAUGCAAUGCUUGGCGCAGCGCUCCCCUCGCGGCGCUCUCGCGGCCCACCACCGCCGCCCAACUGCUGCGGCUGAGACUCGGGCCGGAACGCGGACGCGCCUCGAUCGUUGGCGCGGCGUCGGCGUGGACCCGAUCGCUGUCGCAUUCCGCGACCUGGGCGACUCCAGUGCCGCCGACGACGACAGACCCCACUGCUGCUGGGCAAGCUCCUCCGCCGCCACCAGGCAAGGGGCAGACGACCAAGCCCAAACCACCCGCCGGCCGUGGCGUUCGGAGACUGGGAUACUUGGCUGUCGGCCUCACGAUCGGUUACCUUCUCUACGAGUUCAACACGACUUUCCGCUACUCUGUCAUUGCCCUCAUUCGCUACUCCCGCUUGAUGAAGGCGGUCGUCUUGGACGUGUGGGACUACAAAACGACGUUUGCCAGGGAGGAUCGCGCUCAGGCAGCUGCUGAUGGUGAUCUGUCGCCUGAGGAACGCGCCCGCCUGCGGUCGGAACGCAAGGCCUGCCACAGUCGAUCAGCUCAGAGGAUCUACGAGGCCCUGAGGAAGAACUCGGGCAUCUACGUCAAGCUUGGGCAGCACCUCGGAGCUGUGCACGUUCUUCCCAAGGAGUGGACACAGGCAAUGAUCCCGCUGCAGGACCAGUGCUUCCCGACGCCUGUUGAGGACGUGGACGCGAUGCUCCGAAAGGACCUGGGCAUGGGUAUCGAUGACCUCUUUAUCGACUUUGAGCCGAACCCGAUCGGUGUGGCCUCGCUCGCCCAGGUUCAUCGCGCGGUGGACCGCCGUUCCGGACGACCCGUGGCUGUCAAGGUUCAGCAUGCGGCUCUGGAAGAGUUUGCGGCUGUCGACCUCGCGGCUGUCAACGUUGCUAUCCGAUUUGUCAAGCAUGUCUUCCCUGACUUUGAGUUCGACUGGCUCGCCGACGAGAUGAACGAGAUGCAGCCCUUGGAGAUGAACUUCCGGCACGAGGCGGCCAACUCUCUGAGGUGCCGCCACGACUUCCAGCAUCUCACCGGCAAGACGAGCAUGUACCUGCCCGAGGUACUGUGGGCCGAGCAGCGCUGCCUGGUCAUGGAGUACAUCGACGGCUCUCGUGUGGACGAUCUCGCCUACCUGAAGAAGCACAAGAUCGACCGCAACCAGGUCAGCCAGGAGCUCGCUCGCAUCUUUUCUCAAAUGGUGUACAUCAAUGGCUUCUUCCAUGCGGACCCCCACCAUGGCAACCUCUUGAUCCGACCAAAGGCGCAGAAUUCGUCGUCCCCGUUCAACUUUGACCUCUGCCUCUUGGACCAUGGCCAAUACGUUGCGAUCCCGUCCGAUCUCCGAGUCAACUAUGCUCACUUCUGGCUUUCGCUCAUGACGCCCGUGUCUGAGAAGACUAUUCGGGAGCGCAAGAAGUACGCCCGGUUGGUUGGCAACAUUGAAGAGGAUAUGUACCCCUACCUCGAAAGCGCCAUCACCGGGCGCAUCAGCAUGGACAUGGACGAGGAGGAGACGCCGAAUUCACUACUGGACGAACAACAGCCGCUUUCGAGGCAUCAGAAGAAGCUCCAAAAAGCCAUCCUGGAUCGCGAGGGCGUUGUGGCCGAUAUCUUUGAGCUGCUACGCACAAUCCCAAGACGAUUGCUCAUGAUCCUGAAGCUAUCCGACCUCCAGCGCGCGCUGGAUAACAGCUUGGCGACUACACAUGGUCCCAAUCGCAUCUACCUCAUCCUGGGGCAGUACUGCGCUCAAGCCAUCUGGCAGUCUGAUCGCGAAAACCUGAGCGAUGACUACCACAAGCACGGCCUAUCAUUGCAUCUGUUCACCGGUUUCGCCAGGAGCUGGCUGUCGUACAUGUACUACUCGACCAUGUUCGGCACGGCGGAGUUGGGAAUGGACAUUAAGGCGCGCCUCACCAAGGUCGGGCUCUGGUUCCGAGGUCUUGCCAAGGGUGGCUUUGCUACUGCUUCGCAAGAAAUGGCUGGCCUCGGUGCUACCGCAUAGAUUGAUACGAUAUAGAGAUAAUGUAGAUCUUGGUUGUUGC